AUGGAGAAGCCAGCAACGCCAGGUGCAGCUGUUUCCAGGCCCGCAACCACAUUUGUACAAACCGACACGAACACUUUCCGAGAGAUUGUACAGCGCUUAACAGGUCCAUCAGAAACUGAUGCAUCACAGGAAGGCUCUCUCGACAGAAUUGGGAUCACAAAGAUGAAGAGGCCAACAGUUUCACUGCAAGAGAGAAGGCAGUCCAUAAGGCAGAAGCUUCAGAUAGUCAAACCCACCAUCCACCUCAAACCUGGUUCAUCAACUGACCAACACUCCUCACUUUCCAAAUCAAUCGGCAAUUCUGAUGCCAUCUUAAGUCCGCUGGGAACCCCCACCAUCCACCUCAAACCCGGUUCAUCAACUGACCAACACUCCUCACUUUCCAAAUCAAUCAGCAAUUCUGAUGCCAUCCUAAGUCCGCUGGGAACCCCUACUUCAAAUUUCUCGAAGCUUUCCAUAAUCGAGCAACAAAACAGGGAACACACACCUGCGCAGUUCAAUAGUCAAGAAGAAGAAAGAGCCAUAAAAGAAAGGAGAUUCUAUCUGCAUCCGUCUCCCCGUUCUAGGCCAGGGUUUACUGAACCAGAGUUAUUAAAUUUAUUCCCUUUAACUUCUCCUCAGACAAGUGAAGGAUCAUAACUCGAGCAGUAAACCGUGCUCUUGACUCGUAACUUCAGUGAGUAGUGCAUGUGUGCAAACCCCCCUAAACCA